AUGUUUUCACUACGACAAGUGUUCUCGCUGUGCAUCUGCAAUGACACUGCGGCAGAGGUCAGCGAAGAAGUCCGUUUCAAAAGUGGCCAGGGCGACUUCAGCACUGUCAAUGUGUCGCCUCAGUGUGCCGUCCACAAGGAGCAGCUUGACGAGCUCUUCCGAUCGAAGCCAUACCUGAAGUCCAAGGAGCACGAGCUCGCUUUCUUCAUCGACGAGCUGUGCAAGGCUAUCGAAAACGGCAACACUGAUGAGGCCCAGAACUGCCUUGACAUCCUGCAGAUGAAAUUGGAUCUGGAGGAAAAGAAUAUUUCAGCUGCAUUCAAAAAAUUCGAUCACAGUGGUGACGGCGUCCUCGCAAAAAACGAGGUCAAAUUCAUGCUCGACUACUUGGGCUUCCCAGAUACCCAAGAAGAUGUGGACAAGCUGAUGAACAAAGUGGACACGAGCCGCGAUGGAACAAUUCAGUUUGACGAGUUCUUGCGCUACGUUGGCAAAGUCGGUGGCACAGGAAAGCUCUUCGAGAUUCGACGGCAGCAGAUCCAGGAGCGUGGAGGCUUCAAAGGCUCCAUGACGGAUCCAGACAAUCUCCGAGUGGCCUUGCAGGAGUGUGGGAUCAACCCGGAAGCACAGGCCCACUGGCGACUGACCGCUAGUGAGUCAGAGCUAGACAGUGCUGCCCAGCUCCGGCCAUGCCAGCAGGCGGCAAUUCGUCACAUUCGAAACCUUGCCCAAGAGAACCACGAGCGAGCGCUGCCGGAGUUGCAGAAGAGAGUGCAAAAGCUGGGGUACACAGACACGGAGCUCUUCAUGGCACUGUCUUGGGUCAGAGAGCUGGCGCCAUUGCUUGUACAUAUCAACUUGGACAAGGUCGGCCAGUUCUUCAUGCAGGACACGCAUUAUCGGAACCAGUUCGAGACCAAAACGUCCGGUGGGUUGUUGAAAACCUCGGCUCGUGAAAAGUGGGAACGCGGACUCUUCGGCACAGCCUAUGACGGUGCCAGACCCGCUGAAAGGCCGAAAUACGGAGUGCAGAACAUCUGGAACGACCCUAGAGGCGUUGUCGGGGCCCGCCAGUAUGGUGAUUCCUACAUCGUCUUGAAGGAUAUCCGUCUGCGAUGCACGCUUUCUCCACAAGAUUCCGCGAACCUGCCAGCUCGAAGGCUCGCAGUUCUGGACUACUACGCCCACGUGCUUUUGGAGUACAGCGACAAGGAGCUGAAGGAGACAAUCCGUGUUGCAGAGAAGGGUGAUGAGAAAGUUGGUGAUUCCGAGAAGGUCGUCGAGAAGUGGGGCAUGUACAAGGAAGCACAGCUUCAUGGUGAGAUCGAUCUGCGAAAGCAUGUGGAUCGUCUCGUAGCGAACGAGCGCCAUAGGAAGCAAGCAGACUGGGUGGAAAGCAUUUGCAAGAAGAACGGCUGGACCCUCACAUGGAUGGAUGAAAUGCGGACCCAUCUCGAAGACAGGCAAAGUGGGGUCGAGCUUGACGCAAAGCAGUGGCCGCAAGGCUUCGUGCACAGAAUCGACCAGAGCAAAGUCAAAAUGGGCAGAGACAUGAAGUACAAUGAAGGUGUGCACUAUAUCCCGGCUUAUCCCCGGCUUAUCGCUUUAUCGCUCGUUUGUGGCUUUGUGAGCAGCGAGGUCUUAUUCCAAAGCGUGCAGGGCGAUUUCAGCGCUGUCGAAGUGUCACCACAGUGUACUGCCCACAAGGAUGAGCAGCUCGACGAGCUCUUUCGAUCGAGGCCAUACCUACUCUCCAAGGAGCACGAGCUCGCUUUCUUUAUCGACGAGCUGCGCAAGUCGAUCGCAAGCGGAAACGCGGAUGAGGCACAGAACAACCUCGACAUCCUGCAGAUGAAGCUGGAUCUGGAGGAGAAACACAUUGCAGCUGCAUUCAACAAGUUUGACCACAGCCGGGACGGCGUCCUCGCCAAAAAUGAGGUCACUUUCAUGCUCGACUACUUGGGCUUUCCAGACACCCAAGAGGAUGUGGACAAGCUGAUGAGCAUAGUGGACACCAGCCGCGAUGGAACAAUUCAGUUUGACGAGUUCUUGCGCUACGUUGGCAAAGUCGGUGGCACAGGAAAGCUCUUCGAGAUUCGACGGCAGCAGAUCCAGGAGCGUGGAGGCUUCAAAGGCUCCAUGACGGAUCCAGACAAUCUCCGAGUGGCCAUGCAGGAGUGUGGGAUCAACCCGGAAGCACAGGCCCACUGGCGACUGACCGCUAGUGAGUCAGAGCUAGACAGUGCUGCCCAGCUCCGGCCAUGCCAGCAGGCGGCAAUUCGUCACAUCCGCAAUCUCGCUCAAGAAAACCACGAGCGAGCUCUUCCGGAGUUGCAGCGGAGAGUGCAAACUCUGGGGUACACGGACACAGAACUCUGGAUGGUGCUUUCGUGGAUCAGAGAGCUGGCGCCCUUGAUUGUACAUAUCAACUUGGACAAGGCCGGUCAGUUUUUCCUGAAGGACACUCAUUAUCGGAAUCAGUUCGAGACCAAAACGUCCGGUGGGUUGUUGAAAACCUCGGCUCGUGAAAAGUGGGAACGCGGACUUUUCGGCACAGCGUAUGAUGAUGCCAAGCCGGCUGAAAGACCGAAAUACGGAGUGCAGAACAUCUGGAACGACCCUAGAGGCGUUGUCGGGGCCCGCCAGUAUGGCGAUUCCUACAUCGUUUUGAAGGACUUCCGCUUGCGAUGCACGCUUUCUCCACAAGAUUCCGCGAACCUGCCGGCACGAAAGCUCGCAGUUCUGGACUACUAUGCCCAUGUGCUUUUGGAGUACAGCGACAAGGAGCUGAAAGAGGCGAUCCGUGUUGCAGAGAAGGGUGAUGAGAAAGUUGGUGAUUCCGAGAAGGUCGUCGAGAAGUGGGGCAUGUACAAGGAAGCACAGCUUCAUGGUGAGAUCGACCUGCGAAAGCAUGUCGAUCGGCUCGUGGCAAACGAGCGCCACAGGAAGCAGGCCGACUGGGUGAAGAAGCUUUGCAAGAAGAACGGCUGGACUCUUACAUGGAUGGAUGACAUGCGAGCCCAGCUUGAAGACAGGCAAAGUGGAGUCGAGCUGGACGUGAAGCAGUGGCAGCUGCGAUGCAUUCACCUUGCCAGAUAUCCAUAA